AUGAACAACGUGACCCAAACGGCAACCGAGUUCUUCACAGCCGCCAAAAAGACGCCCCUCAACAUUAUCGAUCGACCACUCAACAAGCCCAAGAAAGAUGUGAGCUUGAGCGCCUAUGCCUAUUUGUUCUCUGAGUUGGUGCAAUACGCCCAAACCAAGGUCACAAACAUCUCCAAAGCCGAGGAGCGGCUGUGGGAGGUGGGCUACCAGGUGGGUCUCCGAAUGCUGGAGCUGCAGAGCUUCCGGGAGAAGAAGGUCAAGCGGGAGCUGGAGAUCGUGGGCAUCCUCGGCUUCAUCUCGGUCAACGUGUGGAAGGCCCUCUUUGGCGAACGCGCCGACUCGCUCGAGCGAAGCACCGAACACGAGGACGAGUACAUGAUCAGAAUAAGCGGCGACGUGCUGGUGAACAAGUAUGUGUCCUUGCGAGACGGAGGCCUCAACACGGCCGCCUUCGUGGCCGGAGUGGUGAACGGCGUGCUCGAUGCCGCCGAGUUUCCGUCCAAGGUGUCGGCGCACUACGUCAAGCCCAAGACAGUGAUCCUGAUCAAGUUCGAGCCCGAGGUCAUCGCCCGCGAGAAGCGGCUCAAGGGAGCCUAA